AAGAAAGAAUAUUUAAUAAAUAUCAACCUAUUGUAACUGAAGAUUCUCAAAAAGAAAUCACCAUACAAAAGAGACCUAAGUAUGUAUUGGGAAUAUUAUAUAAUAACAAAGGAAUUUAUCUGUCAAAACGAAUAGAUCCUAAAAAGGAAAUGUAUAACUUAUGGCAAACAGUUUGUAGGAAAAUAGAAAUGGGUGAAUCGUCAAUGACGGCAAUAAUAAGAGAAAUUGUUGAAGAAACAGGAAUACAAUUAGAUAAAGAACAUCUGGAAUAUAUCUUAAAUGACCCCACUUAUAAUUGUGAUAAUACGUCAAUGGGUGUUAGCACAACCGCAUUGAAAAAUGAAAUAGACAUCAAUACUAGGAUUCAGAUCAUCGCUAAGCUUAUAGAGCUCACACACUUUGGGGAAGGUCCAGGAGUUGAAUGGUUUUGA